AUGGACGUCGACCGCACCGAAGCCAUCGAGGGCAAGUGCUGGACACCCCUCUCUCCCGCCCCACGCCCCAGCGUCGCGGGGACGAGCUCCCCGGCCCGCUCCACUUGGGCCUCUCUGGAUGUUUAUAACAAACAAGCCCGCAGCCUCACUGCCAGCCCCAUCCUGGUCACUUUUGUGCCUCCCAAGGAAGUGGAUUCAGUGCACCACGCACCACACAUGCAAACCUUCGACUCACCUCUGCCCUCAGCCAGCUCGGUCGUGUCUUCAGAGGCACACAGCCCGACAUCACCGCGCAGCCGCUCGGGGAGCAGACAUCGCAUGCGCAGCGCCAGUAUCAACAUUCCCCUCGAAAACCCCGACCUCUACUCGCUACUGUCGUCGGGGCCCCUCGACCUACCCCCCGUACCUCCCCUCAAUCUGACCGCCAUCGCCCACGCGGGAUCGGGGUCGGACACGAGCGUCCCCACAGACUCGCCACCGGCGGCCAUAGAAGCGCCCCCUUCGCACCCCAGCGUCGUGGAUGAGGAGGACACCCGGGAGGUGCAAUGGACCGAAGCUUCAAUUGACCUCAUGUUUGAGGUUGCCGUCCACCACGGCGCAGAGGUCGCCGCCGAGAUCUUUGAUCCCGCGAUUGAUCCGGCUCAAACUAACGAGAAGAAGCUUUCCCCGCCCAUCUAA